CAAUAUAAAUGUUUAAUUAAUGAUCGAGCUUUGCUACUGAUUCGGUCAAGAUAAUUCUUUGAUAAGAUGAGCUGCUUCAGAAAAAGAAUAAUGAUAAAAAAGUAAUGGCCCUAAAGUAAAUUCCUCCGAUGAUCCACUUUUUAGUUUGGUUUAGUGAGUUCAUAACUUAAUGCGUUGGAGGCUGAAUCAUCUAUCGCACAUUUUAGUCACAGUUGUUUUCCCUCUCAAAAUUAUUUCCAUGUGGUAUUCUAUGUUCCUGAUAGUGUAAUAUUAGACUUUUAAUUAGUGUAAGACAACACAUGCCUCAACCAGUAGAACCAUUUAUUAAUAUGCAGGAAUGAGUGUGGUGGCGCAAAAAAUUAUAAUUUCUUAUGUGAAUCUGUGAUGCGGAAACUUUACACAACGGACAAUGCUGCAAAUGAAAUCCAUGGUUGUAGUUUAAAUGUUUUUUUGUUUUUUUAUGGCUCCGAGACAGUUUGAAAUUACAAAAAAAUAGUGAAUAUUUUCCCCCAAGUCUAUGAUGAGCUUUCAGCUUUAUAAACCUGUGUAGAGGGUAAACCCUGUUCCAAUUUUUGUGAAUCUUGGUAAAUGAGUGGGCCUUCAAAACUUUUAAGAUGGAGAAAUUAAAUGAGUCAUAUGGCAUGCAGCAAGUCACCAUUGACACCGAAAAAACAGAAACAAAACAUAAACAAAAUUUAAGGUCAACAUCAGCCCAGCUUUUAGCGACGCUCGCUCAAAAUUGGCUACUUUUGGAUAUUGGUUUGACAUUUGGGGUACCACCGUUGGUUUUGGGAGCGCUUCACCUGAAUACUGGAUCAGGUCUUUCAUUAAACAGCAGCGAAACAUCAUGGCUCGGAAGCCUACCCUCCAUUUGCCAUCUGAUCGGGAGCCUGGCCUCGGGGUUGUUCCAGGAGCAGUUCGGCCGGAAAGGGAGCAUGGUACUCGUGAAUAUCCCUUUCCUCUGCUCCUGGCUGCUCCUCUACCACGCUGAAUCCGUGCUCGCUCUCUACAUCGCCUUCAUCACGAUGGGCCUUUGCGCUGGCUUUUGCGAGGCCCCGCUCCACUCCUACUGCGGCGAGAUUGCCGAGCCCCGACUCAGGGGAACGCUUUCCACCCUCUGCGUCGCGGCGACCAUCUUGGGGGCGGUCUUCAUGUACCUCCUUGGAUACUUCUUCGAGUGGAGGAUGGCAGCCUUGAUUAGUAGUGGCGUGCCUGUCAUCACGUUUUUAUUGACGACGCAGAUACCAGAAUCCCCCACUUUUCUUCUAAUGCGUGGAAAAACCGAAGAAGCUAGGAAAGCAUUAUGUUGGUUGAGAGGCUGGGCUGAUCCGGACGAAGUAAAAGAAGAGUUUCAGGCAUUGAUCAAUUACACCAAACAGAGAGUUGCCUCCCUAGAAUCAUCUGGCGGUAACAAAAAUGCGGGCCUCAAGUUCAAAAAACCUAAUGACCUCAAGGCCCAAUUCUCCGAGUUAACUUCUGACAGAAUCUUGAUACCCUUCCGAUUGGAGUUUUUCGUUACCUUGAAUGCAAGUAUCACAUCAUUUAUCGGAUUCCAACCCUAUCAAAUCAUUGUUUAUAAAGAACUUGGAUACCCGAACUUAGGCAAGGAAAUAUUAAUCGCAGGAGCUGUGCUCGUAUUUUUGUCUUCGAUGGGAAGUCUUUUUUUCAUAAGGCGAUUUGGAAAGCGUAAAAUCGCCCUAUUCUCCUUCGGGUUAUCCACAAUGUCAAUUCUUGCACUAGGGACAUACAGCUCGUUCCGAGAUGAUCUCCUUUGGAUCCCGGGACUUUACUGGGCACCUUUGGCUCUCAUCCUGUUGAUGAGGUUUACACUUGGUUUCAGUAUUAUGCCACUGCCUUUUCAACUACUUAGUGAGAUAUUUCCACCUGUAGGUCGUGGCACUGCCAGUGGAAUCUCAACUGCUUGGGCUUAUUUAUUGACUUUUUCUCUGACGAAAACUUUCUUGGUCAUGGUAGCGUGGUUGAAUUUGGGAAAUGUGUUUUACCUUUAUGGAGCAUGCGGCGUCCUCGGCUGGGUAUACUUUUAUUUCUCCUUGCCAGAGACUGAAGGAAAAUCCUUGGAGCAGAUCGAGUCAUACUUCACCAAAAAUCAUGAUCGCAAGGAGAAAUUCUCUGUCGGCAAAUCGGGCCACUUAAAAUAGAACCAGAAACAUCGGAAUCUGGGUUGGACCAUCAUGUUGCUUCACUACAGAGGCGAUUUCCAAAACUUGCUCCUCCUCCGACAGAGGUCCCGUUAAGCAGAGAAAGUUAAACAUAUUAUAAUUUGUUUCAUUGGAUUUUAUGUAGCGGACGUUGGUGGUUGUUGGACACUUUGUCAUUAUAAAUAUAAUUGUAUCGCCCCUUGAUCUCCUCAAGAUAUAUUUUUUUCUUCAUUAAUAUUGUUUUUCCUUUUGCCGUGAUAAGUUAAUUCAAAAAUUUUACUUCAUUUCCUUCGAUUGAUUUACUUUUUUUCUACCUCCACCUGUGUUUUUGGAAACCAUCAAUCUCCAAGUGAGACUCGUAUUAGGAUUUUACGAAAUGUGCUUGAGCAUGUACAAAUUAUUUCAUAAAAUUCCAAAAGUAUCCUUAAAUUGACUUGCUCUUUCCUGCAGGAUUCAUUUAAUCGAUUUGCAAUGUUAUUUCCGUAUUUCAAUAUCUGUUGUUAAAUAUGACAAGACUGCUUUAUCAUCGAUAUUACAAAAUAGAACUGGGCAGUCUUGUAACCAAUGUUUGUCUGUAGUCGCUAAUGCUACAAGGAAGUCUUAAU